AUGGCAUCCCCAGCAGUAACAGGUCCUAUCUUGACCCUCAACAACGGCGUCAAGAUCCCCGCUCUUGGUUUUGGCACAUUCGCCAACGAAGGCAGCAAAGGAGAGACUCAUAGAGCCGUCAUCCAUGCCCUGAACGCCGGUUACCGUCAUCUUGACUGCGCCUGGUUCUACCAGAACGAGGACGAGGUCGGCACUGGCAUCCGCGAGUUCCUCGCCGCCAAUCCCUCCGUCAAGAGAGAGGAUAUCUUCAUCUGCACCAAGGUCUGGAAUCACUUGCACGAGCCCGAAGAUGUGGAAUGGAGCAUCAAAAAUUCGCUGGCAAAACUGCAAACCACGUAUGUCGAUGCUUUCUUGAUCCAUUGGCCCAUAGCAUCCGAGAAAAACGAGGAUCGAAGUGUCAAGAUAGGCCCUGAUGGCAAGUACGUGAUCAACCACGCCCUCACCAGCAACCCCGAGCCGACCUGGCGCGCCAUGGAGAAGGCCUACAACGCCGGACUCGCGAAAUCUAUCGGUCUCUCCAACUUCACCGAAGCAGGCAUCACCCAGAUCCUCUCAUUUGCAAGCGUGAAACCCGCCAUCAACCAAGUCGAAAUCCACCCCUUCCUUCCCCAGAAAGCCCUGAUCGAUUUCUGCAAGUCUCGUGACAUCCUACCCGUCGCCUACUCGCCUCUCGGAUCCCAAGACCAGGUUCCCGCGACGGGAGAGAAGGUCAGCACGAACAAGGAUUUGAUUGCCGUGGCGGAGGCCAAAGGAUGCACUCUGGCGCAGGUGUUGAUUGCCUGGGGCCUGAGGAGGGGAUACGUGGUACUCCCGAAGAGCAGCAACGAGAGCAGGAUCAAAGGGAAUGCACAGCUUGUGACCUUGACCGACGCGGACUUUGAAAAGGUCAACAAGAUUGCCGAAGGACGCUCGACCAGGUUUGUGAAUAUGAAGGACACGUUUGGGUACGACGUCUGGCCCGAGCAGAAGUAG